CCCUCGCAAUAAGAGGCGCGGGCGCGGCGGGAGCCCGCCAGCCGCCGCCAGCCCGCAGGUCGCCUUCGCGCAGGGGGGCCGAGGCGGGCGCCGUCGGGGCGCGGCGGGGCCAUGGGGCUCUGGCCGUGGCUGACGGGGGCUCUGCUGCUGCUGCUGCUCCUGGUGCAGCUGAGCCGCUCGGCCCGGUUCUACGCCAAGGUCUCCCUGUACUGCGCGCUCUGCGUGUCGGGGUCCACCCUGGCCGCGGUCAUCUGCCUGCUGCGGCACGGCGGCCGGACGGUGGAGAACUUGAGCAUCAUCAGUUGGUUUGUCCGGACCUUCAAGUACCUAUUCGGCCUUCGCUUUGACAUAAAGGGCCGCCAGAAGCUGGAGGUGGACCACCCGUGCGUCAUCAUUUCUAACCACCAGAGCAUCCUGGACAUGAUGGGCCUUAUGGAGGCCCUACCCAAGCGCUGCGUGCAGAUUGCCAAGCGGGAGCUGCUCUUCACGGGGCCUGUGGGCCUGAUCAUGUACCUCGGGGGUGUCUUCUUCAUCAACCGGCAGCGCUCCAGGACCGCCAUGACCGUGAUGGCCGACGUGGGCGAGCGCAUGGUCAGGGAGAAUCUCAAGGUGUGGGUCUACCCUGAGGGCACGAGGAACGACAACGGGGACCUGCUACCUUUCAAGAAGGGUGCCUUCUACCUGGCGAUCCAGGCCCAGGUGCCUAUCAUCCCCGUGGUUUACUCCAGCUUCUCCUCUUUCUACAACUACAAGACGAAGUUCUUCACCUCAGGAACGAUCAGGGUGGAGGUGCUGGAUGCCGUCCCCACCAGUGGCCUCACCGUCGCUGAUGUCCCCAAGCUUAUGGAUAGCUGCCACCAGGCCAUGAGGACCACCUUCCUCCGCAUCUCCAAGACACCCCAGGAGAACGGGGCCACCGCAGGGCCUGGUUCCCAGCCCGCCCAGUAGCCGAAGCGGGGCAGGACCUGGGGGCAGGACGGGGCCGACCGGGGGCAGGGCCUGACCGGAGAAUGGACCGAGGGACCUCCUCCCCUGCCCCAGCUGCUAAAUGUCACUGUGUCCUGCUCCUACGGGGUUCUCCCAGCUUUGGUUUGGCCCCGGAUGCAGGCCACUGCUUCC